UGUGAAAUAGCGUUAUUUAACGUCUGCUUCCACCGAGGUGAUAUCGCUGACUCCACCUUAAAUACAGUGUCAUAUGAGUUCGAGGAUACGCAUGGCUAAGCAAUGUUUUGACUUUAUCUAACGUCACUUUGCUUCAUAACAGUGCUGUGGUUGAAUUGUUCGUGUUUCAGAUUGACGUUAACCACAUAGAGUUUUUGACUAUAUCCGUGUUCAAACUGCAUACAGUAUUGUGGUUCAUUUGCACUGAGUUUAGACAGUGUCACAUCCAAUUUGGAAAAGAAACACCGACAGUUAAGAUGAAAUUUGAUGAAAUUAUAGAGAUUUUGGGAGAAUUUGGACCCUACCAGAAACGGCUAUAUUAUUUAGUAUGUCUUCCGGCCAUAUCUUGUGCCUUGCAAAUGUUGGUAACGGUUUUUACUCUGUCCAUUCCAGACCACAGGUGCCAUCUGUCGGAUCCAUACAAUGAUACGUCAUACCAACCACGUGACCUAUUACAUCAGUUAUACGUCAAUCAUUCUAUACCACGUGAUAGUGAUGGUAAAUGGUCAUCAUGUAAAAGAUAUGACGUCAACCUAACGAAAGUUACGACACGCACUGUAAUAGAUGUAAAUGCUACACGGACAAGUUGUGACAGAUGGGUUUACGAUACGUCAACGUUUGAAGAUACGUUUAUUACAGAGCAAAAUAUGAUCUGUGACGAUGCUUCAUUCCGUGCCCAUGCCAACAUGAUCAAUAUGGCUGGAUUACUGGUUGGUGCUUUUGGAUUUGGAAUUCUGUCUGAUGUAAUUGGAAGAAAGUUUGGUAUGUUGGCAUCUGUAUCAUUACAUAUUGUUGGGUCGAUAGCAACAGCCUUCUCGCCUAAUUUUACCGUCUUUGUCAUCUGUCGGUUCUUCACUGGUGCUUCAAAUGCUGGUGCCUUUAUGUCAGCUUUUGUACUGGGAUUGGAACUGGUAGGACCAUCUAAAAGAAAAUUUGCUGGAAUAGUUAUGGAGUUCUUUUGGUGUAUUGGAUUGUUUAUUCUGGCUAUCACGGCCUUUUUUAUACGAGAUUGGAGUACUCUACAGCUGGCUAUAUCAGUUCCAUCUGUUCUCUUGUUGGCCAUAUUUUGGUUUAUCCCAGAAUCUCCCAGGUGGCUAGUCGCACACGAUAAGACGGAGAAAGCUGAAAAGAUUCUUCGUAAAGCUGCGGAAGUGAAUAAAGUGGAACUUCCGGUUAAAUUGUUUGAUAAAGAUACUCAAGAUUCUGGACCGCAGGCUAAAGUUUAUGAAAUGUUUACAUCCCCAGUUUUACUUAUUAGAUCUUUAAUCAUCUUCUUUAACUGGAUGGUUGUGAGCAUGGUGUACUAUGGUUUAGGAUUAAAUGUUGGUAAUCUAGGUGGCGACAUCUACGUCAAUUUUACCAUCGCCAAUAUCGUAGAAACUGCUGCGUACAUUCUGUGUUUGAUUCUGCUGGAUAGAUGGGGUAGAAAAGCUCUACAUUGUACGAGUAUGUUACUAGGUGGAAUAGCCUGUAUAUUAACAAUAUUCCCCGUUUUAUACCUUGAUAAAUCAUAUGAGUGGAUCACAAUAACUUUAUCGAUGGUUGGGAAGCUUGGUGCAUCGGCUGCUUUCGCCAUUAUUUACGUCUUUGCCGCAGAACUGUUCCCUACCAUAACCCGAAACUCCGCAAUGGGAUUUAGUUCCUUCUGUGCUCGUGUUGGUGGAAUGAUAUCACCGUAUAUCGCGGAUUUGGGAACUCUUGUUAAGGGUGAUAUUGGUACUGCUCUACCACUGUUGGUAUUUGGUGGAGCUUCUGUAGCUGCUGGUCUCUUAUCUCUUUUACUACCAGAAACAUUGAACCAGACUUUACCAGAGACUAUUGAAGAUGCUAAACAAUUUGGAAGGAAAAACAAAAAGUCGAAAUAUCAUAUGAACACAACUGAAGAAGAACCUAGAGGAGGAAAAUAUGAACUGAAAGAGAAGUUUUAGUUCUUGCUCAGAACAUUUUAACAGAUGUUUUAGACCUUGAACAGAACAUUUUAUCUAUUUUUAUUAUUUAUUUGAUAGUUCAAAAUAUCCAUAUAUUAUGUUUAUA